AUGGCACAAGAAUUAAAAGAACUGUGUCAACUUCUAUUCCCUGACUCUGCGGAAGAGAAUGCAGAAUACUUCAGCGAUGUUACAGAUUAUAUAAAAAAAUUGGGGUCACAAAAUUGGGAACAUAUUCGUAAGGAGCCAGAGAGAUUGACCGAAGAGAUGAAACAGUUGACGGAACAGACACAAGAGCUUGCUUUCACUAAUUACAAGACAUUUGUGGAAACAGCUGAGAUAUCACACACAAUCAUAAAUGACUUAGCAAAGUCAAAAGAUUCACUUUCAUCAUUCCUGGACAAUACACCAAUAUUCUUACAAGAAUGUGACAAGUUUUCGCAAAUUGCUGGUAAUAUUGUUAAAGAGAAGAGCCGCUACAGCACUAUUCGUAACCAAAGUGACAAGUUACUUGAAUUGUUAGAACUGCCGUCUCUAAUGCGUGAGGCAUUAAAUGCUGAAGAUUAUGAGAGUGCUUUAGAUAUUUUCACAUUUGUCCGUAACCUUUCCAAGAGGUACUCAGAAAUACCAGUUGUACAGAAUACUACAUCUGAGAUUAUGACCCUGUGGUUUGAAACUCUUUAUCACCUUUUCAACCAAUUGAGAUAUGAUUUGCCCUUACCUCAAUGUUUGCAAAUUUUGGGUUAUUUACGCAGAGCAAACACAGUGUACAGAUCAACAGAUGAAGAUGAAAGCAGUUUAUAUUCAGGGAGCAAUAAAAACACAGCUAGUGCUGAUGGGCUGCAUGUGCACUUCUUGAAGGCCAGAAAUGCUUGGUUCGAAAAAGCUUUAGAAGAUGCUAAGAAUACAGAAGCAUCAGAAAGAUUAUUAAGAAGAAUCAUAGAACUACACAGAAUUCAUCUGUUCAAUGUUCUAACACAGCACAAGUCAAUAUUCUUGUCAGAUUCCCAAGAGGCUAAAAUUAGAGAUGAUGAAUUGAGUGGCACUAGCGCCUUAUCUUGCUGGUUGAAAUUAAAGGUUGAAACAUUGGCGCAAAUAUUAAACCAAGAUUUACCAAAGGAAGAUGAAGCCAGUUUUGAGUCCCUUUUAAAUCAAUGCAUGUAUCUCUGCUUAUCAUUUGGAAGAGUUGGGGCAGAUAUGAGAUGUGUUCUGACACCACUGUUUCGCAAUAACAUUCUUACGCAAUUCCAUAGUGGACUAGAAAAGGCAGACAAUCAGUUUGAAACACAGAUGCGAACAUACAAAGUGCCGAGCAUAAAGAAUGUGCCUCGGCCCAUAAAUGAAACUGUAACAACAGGACCACCAGAAAACUUGCUUGAUUACUAUCCUCUGGCUGAAUAUUGCAAUGGCAUGCUAUCAGUAUUAAACUCAAUGAGAGUUACAGCACCAUUGAAUAUAGUAAAGGAAGUGUACAAUUCAUUUAGAGAAUCAUUCAACAAGGCUGUUCAAGUAUUACUUGCUUUCUACUAUAGAGAACAGCAAAGCUUUACUGAUACUGAGAAGCAGAACUUUAUGUCCUUAUGUGUUUGUUUUACUGAAGACUUGGUGCCAUAUAUCGCGAAGUGUCUGGCGCAAUCUUUUCCUUCUACUCAAGUAGCAGAGCUACUAGGUGUCACACUAACUGUUCUACAAGAAAGCAACAUUCUUCAAGUUGAUCAGAAUGCCAUUUGUGAACCUUUAAAUUUCAUUACAGGCGUAACAGCUAAUUAA